GAACAAACAUUGUCUUCAUGUGUUCGAGCAUUUUUAAAAUUUGCAGGGUGUCAACUUUACGCUUCUUUGGAAAUAGGGGUUAACUAAAUCCUUGGAGAUUCCAAAACUUUGGAGGUUAACAUCUAUUUUCUAUUCGAUUUUCCGCCUAAUGUCGAAAUUCUCACUGUAAAAUUGAUAACUACAUGCAGAGAUCAGCACUGAGAGAAUGGUCUGAAAUGGGCAGGGAGACUAUUUUGAAGAAUGUAGUAUUUUGCUAUGAGAAUGUUGGGUUCUCCCUGAUUCAGAAAAUGUGGGUUUCCUCCAACAAAAGACCGAAGAAGAGAGUUUAUCACAGAGUACAUGAAUUAGACCAUGCAAUAGACCUGCAGAAGAGGCCCAGGCUGGUGCUUCAGCUCAAAGACAUCCUGCUCAAACAAAGAGGUGAGUCCAUCCUCCUCAGAGACCUCGAGAAAGAAGUGGGUUUGAUUGCAAAAUGGAAUUUCAUGGCCUGCAUUCAAAACUACCCCAAAAUUUUCAAGGUUAGUGGAGGAAACAGGAAGCCCCCUCUUUUAGAAUUCACAGAUGAUGCUAAAUUUAUUCUUAGGGAUGAAUCGAUGGUUAAGGAACUCAUGGAACCGAUACUUGUAAAAAACCUCAGAAAGUUGCUAAUGAUGUCUAGCGAGAGAAGAAUCCCUUUAUUCAAGAUAGAACAAAUUAAACAUGAAAUGGGUUUGCCCGAAGAUUUUGCCGAAAUUAUAGUUCCUAAAUACCCACAAUUUUUCAAGUUGGAAGAGAUUUUUGGGGUUGCUCAUCUGGUUUUAGAGGAAUGGGAUCCCUUACUAGCAGUCACCGCAAGAGAAUUGGGUGCAAAUCCCAAUGGACUAUCAUUGACCAGAAGAACUUAUAUACCUAAAGACGGUAAUUUUGAUGGCCCUUAUGCAUUUAAAAUUAAUUAUCCUGACGGUUUUAAACCCCGAUUGAGACAACUUGAGGAGAUGGCAAAAUGGCAAAACAUGGCUUUUUCAUCUCCUUAUACGUUCCCUAUGGCUGUUGAUGUUAGUACUCCUGCAUCUCAAAAGCGUUUUGUUGCUGUGCUCCACGAAGUCCUGAGCUUGACAUUGGAAAAGAGAUUAACUGCCAACAAACUCGAUGCAUUUCAUGUCGAGUAUAAGCUUCCUUCCAGGUUGUUGCAUCUUAUUGUUAGGCACAAUGGCAUUUUUUAUUUGACCAAUAAGGGUGCCCACAGUACAGUUUUUCUCAAAGAGGCAUAUGAAGGUCAUAACGUAAUAGACAAAUGUGUGCUUUUGAGAUAUCAUGACCGUUUCUUGAAGCUUAUGGGUAGAAAGGAUUUACCUCUCCGGAAAGCACCAGCAACUAUUGAACUCAAACGCGAUUGGAUCCCUUGAAAGGAGCAUUCAUGAAGUAAAGCGGGUUCGUUUUGGCUACUAACUCAGAGGCUAAUGCUAAUGCAUUGAUGAUUAUGAUGCUUCACCAAGGUGAACAAGGUUAAUAUUUCAAUUGCCAAAGCACAGAAUACUCUGUGCAAAUUGAAGUCGAUUCUAGAACCCCUGUUAUGAUAAUAUUGGGCUUACGUAGUGCUCUUUUUCAUUCUUUCAAUCUAAUCUAUCGUUACAAAAAUAGCCAUCUAUACUCUGUAGCCUUUCUGUUAAAAUGGUCGAAAUCUGUUACCAUUAAUGAACAGAAAAUUGGCAAAUGUAGUGCUUUGUUUCAUACUCACAAUUAAAUCUAUGGCUGCAAAAAUAGCAUGUAUGCUCAGUAGCCUUUCUGUUAAACUGGUCAAAAUCUGUCACCAUUAAUGAACAGAACGGCAUUGGAUUCAGUUGACUCUAAAGUGGGUGCAGUUUUGAUUGUUAUUAUCAGUUGACUGCAUGUCAUGAUUCUGUAGCCUCCUACCCUUUCAUGCUUUUUAUUAGCAGAUGCAUGAAGGUAUCUGCAUGAAGGUAUUGUAAGUUAACUGCAUGCCAUUACUCGUUGCUUUUAGAAUGCAAAGGAUUGAAAUAACUAUUAUCUCACUUCUACUGACCUGACUGUAAAGUCGAUAACAAAAGUUCUAUAAAUUCUACAUCAUUAACUUCAACUC